AUGUCGAUUUUUGUUUCAAUAUAUUCUCCAGACAAGGAUCUUUGUCCAAAAAUAAGCGAAUUCGCCGAAAACGUAUUUUCGAUCCUCAAACUCGGCGAAAGAUCGACAUUUUAUCCCGAUCUCCUGACUAUUUUAAACCGUCAGCAAUCUUCAAAAAUCACCCUCUCCUCCCGAGCGGAUAUUUUCCUGGCCUCUGAUCUUGUCGAAUCUUCCUGCAUCAAUUCAAAUCGAACAUCUCUAGAACAAAUUCCACCGGCUCAAGAAAUAAAAGAAUACAAGUCACUGCUGCUGUUAUUUUCCGAUACUGUUCCUGAAAAUAUUCCACCUUCUUUUGACUUUAUCAUGCCUGUAGCUCUGACUGACCAAGCUGAUUUGGAAGGCCUGGACAAACUUAGAGGAAAACUCGAUAAACCGUUCUUUUCAUAA